AUGGGAGGAUUGUGGGAAGCAGGUGUAAAUAGCUUUAAAAGCCACUUUAAAAAGGUGGCAUCCGCUCACAAAUACACCUUUGAAGAGCUCAGUACGCUUUUGUGCCGGAUUGAGGCGUGCCUCAAUUCGCGACCACUGAGUCCCUCUUCAAAUGAGCCAAAUGACCUGGAGCCGCUUACUCCCGGCCAUUUUCUCACGGGUGGACAUCUUAUGGCUCCGCCAGAACCUGAUGUGAAUGAGAACCCUGCCUCCAUCGUCAAUCGAUGGCAAAAACUAAAAGCACUGCAUCAGACGUUUUGCAGGCGAUGGAAAGUGGAGUACUUAGCCGAACUACAAAAGCGAAUUAAAUGGAAGCACCCCAAGGAGAAUAUGAAAACAGGUGAUCUUGUAGUUAUCAGGGAAGACAAUCUACCCCCAACUGAAUGGAGGUUGGGGCGAGUUGUCAACUUACACCCCGGUACUGAUGGCAGAGUGCGCGUAGUGGACAUCCUGACGGAGAAAGGCCAAGUCACUAGGCCCCUAGUGAAGUUGCUUCUGCUCCCCCCAUACAACGAUGGAAACUCGGAGCCAACAACCGCCUCAUAA